GCAGCAGAGUUACAGUCUGACACGAGAGAGAGAGGAGCCGUGGACCUGUCCGUUCACACACGGACACAACACCAGGCGAUGGAAAGGUGCGAGGUCUUUUUAUUCACCUUCCUCGUCUCUCACUACGUCUGGAAGAUCCUCUUCAUCACGUGGCUCUUCACCAGCGGGACCCCCACGGAACGCACCAACUAUGGAUUGCCUAAUUGAAGUUGGGCCACCACCGGAUCCCGUUGACGCCAGGACCACGGAGCGACGUUAGAGAGAGAGAGAGAGAGAAGUUCGUUAUGGACACUUGCGCAAAGCGAGCAUUUGCUGAUCACAGAGCUGGUGCCAAAAGAGGACUUUCAUCCACAGCAGAGCGCGACUGUCUGCGGGUAAAGGACAUGGACAACACGUCUCUUUUCAGCGCUGAUGAAACUCUCUGCACGAUGUUUUAGUAAGAAUGAGACGAAGCUGUAGUUAGAAUAGAGAGAGAGAGAGAGAGAGAGAGAGAGUGUGUUUGUGUGAGUGUUCAGUUCCUCCUGGAUCUGAUCUGAGAGUGGUGGACACUGCUGUUUUACGCGCAUACCAAUUGCGCGCUGCGUCCGUCACCACAGGAGAUCCCACCGCGGCUGCUCCUGAGAUCUCUGACAGGCAACAGGCCUCAGCCAUCACUGUGCAACCGAGAGAGUUUCUUAAAGCUGCACCCUAGUGCACCUGUGUGGCAGGAGGGAGCCAUGGCGUUACCAGAUAGUAGCAUAUCUGUGGAGGAACUGCCCUUCCCAGAGAUUAUAGAGCUUAAUGUUGGAGGCCAGGUGUACAUAACCCGCUUCUCCACCCUCACAAGUGUGCCAGACUCUCUGCUGUGGGAGAUGUUCAGUCGAAAGUCAGCCAAAGGUCUGGCCAGGGACACCAAGGGGCGCUUCUUUGUGGACCGUGAUGGUUUCCUGUUCCGUUACAUCUUGGAUUACAUGCGGGACCAGCAGCUGGUCCUUCCUGACCACUUCCCCGAACGCGGGCGCCUGCAGAGGGAGGCUGAGUUCUUCAACCUGCCAGAGCUCGUCAAGCUGCUGGUGCCCAAAAUCAGCAAGCAGAACUCGCUGGGCGACGAGGGGUGCCAGAGCGACCCGGAGGACUCCUCACCCGGGAUUGACACGGCCCGUAACCUCGGCUCACAGGGUGCUGCAGCUGCUGCGUGUGCCAGCCUGGUGCCCGGUGCCAUGGAUGGCAAACGUUCCGGGUUCAUCACCAUCGGCUACCGAGGCUCGUAUACUCUGGGCCGUGACAGCCAGACCGAUGCUAAGUUCCGCAGGGUGGCCCGAAUCAUGGUCUGUGGGAAGACCUCCUUGGCCAAAGAGGUCUUUGGGGAGACGCUCAACGAGAGCCGUGACCCUGACCGCCCACCUGAGCGCUACACGUCCCGCUAUUAUCUGAAGUUCACCUUUCUGGAGCAGGCUUUUGACAAGCUGGCCGACGCAGGCUUCCACAUGGUGGCCUGUAACUCUACAGGAACCUGCGCCUUUGCCCAUGAGCAGACGGACGACAAGAUCUGGACCAGCUACACUGAAUAUGUGUUCUACCUUGGUUCAUCAGUAAAUUUCAAGACAACAACCUCUGACCGUCCAGCUCUCACUGGAGCGCUGACCUCUGCAACUGCCGCUGAACCCGUCACGGUGGGUCAUGGCACCUCCGGUCGAACCAAUAGCCUUCCAGAAGACAGCAGCAUCCCAACAGUGAACAUACGGAACCCGCUGCACCUGCACCCUCCUCCUCCUCUUGCGCCUCCUCUUCCUCCGCCGCCCCUUCUUGCUGCGAACAGCCCGGACCUCGCACCUCCGUCACCUCCGGCCCUGCCUCCGCCUCUGCCACCCAAACCUUCUUCUGCCUCCACCCCUGCUCCUACUUCCUCGACGCCGCCUCCUGCUGAGAGCCCCCAUCGUCCGACCACCCUCCACCUAAAGACACUGCCCCGGCCCACCGUGCGGGAGAACGGCGGCCCGGCCCUUGGGGUGGAUGAGGACGAAGACGAGAGGAAGCUGCUGGAGGAGGAUCUGAAGAAAUGCAUUGAGGACUUCAGGAAGAUCCGCUUGCCCAGAGUGUUUCCGGAUCGCAAGAGGCACUGGCAAAGUGACUUGCUCAAGAAGUACAACGCGUAGAGCCCUUUGCUUUGCCGAGGCAGCAUGACGAACAAACUUGACAGCUUGUGAGCAGUGGACUCCGGCUUUAUUUUCACAGCAGGUUUACUCAAACCUCUAAUGUGGUAGCUUUUGCAUGUCGACAGAACAAAACUGAUCUGUGCUUAGGCUGAGCGAGUCACACAAACAAGAUUAAAUAUUAUGAUGUGUCUUUUCCCAUCAUAGAAAACAGUUCCCCUUUAGAAGCUGUUGGUAUAGAAACUUUCUUUCUACUCAGUCGAAGGAUAAUAUAUGUAAUGUCAUUGAUUAGAAAUGUCUGCCCCGCUGAUCAAACAACUGCAGAAUGUGAGUGUGAAAGUUUUAGGUGUCUGACCUUGCUGAUGCAAAAUAAAAAUAUGAAUGAAAUA